AUUGAAAAGCUGUCUGCUGUCUGCAGCAGUCAGUCAGAAUUAUUAGCUCUCGUUGUUUCGUAUAAAUUCAGUGAUUCGUAAUAAUUAAAUUAGAUAUUUCAUGGUUUUAUUCACGUCACUUCAGUGAAUUGUGGGUCAAAGUAUAUAUUUCAAGUACUAAUCCCAGUACACCACCAGACGUACAUGUAUUUCGUGUAUUAUUUACGAAAAAUGUAGUGCACAAGUAUACAUAACGAUGUCUUUAUAUACACUGGGGUUUUGAUUCCACUGAAAUAUUCCAAUAACAAUCAGCCAUCAAUUAGCCAAAUGCUUUCAAGUACAAUCAAGGUGAAAUUAUUAGAAACAUCUGCCAAUCUAUCUGGUCAUCAUGAAGCAGUUAGCAGCAUGGUAUCAGAAAAAAAUAAGUUCAUACGACAAAGAGGAAUGGGAGACGAUGGUGGAACAGCUUCUGAUGCGCGGCACCUACCGCCGGCGCAUCGUCGACUUCUCCUCGCAUGCCCGCUCCUACCUCAUUGAUGUGGACUUAGUCAGAGGUUCGUCGUUUCCUAAAGCUAAGCCCACACUGAGCAUGCGUCGUGUGAUAUGGUACGCUCUAGUCCGACUGUUGUUCCUACCGGCGUUAUACCAGUGGUGGACUCAGCAGACGUCGCCGGCUUGCGCCAAGUUCCUCCUCACGCUGUGGCUGAUGCAAGUCCUCAAUAUGACCAUAUACUUUAUGACGCCCGACAUGGUGGAUAGUGAUCCUAACUGUUGGUUAGUACCUCUAGGACUAAUGUUGGUACUUAGUAUAGUACACUCACAAAUAGUCAGCACUACUGAGAUGGAACUUGCAAGGGUACGACCUCGGGCCACCUACCGACGCAAAUUACCGCGAUAUUUCAGGCGCCCUAGAUCUGAAUGCGACGGUGGCAGCGGGGGCGGUUCGGCCGAAAGCGGCGCCACCUCGAGUCAGAGCAAGACACCCACUUCUAAACCCGCCAAGUUUCGACGACGACAAUCACGAACUGAAAUCGCUGAGAAUGGACUGAGAAAACGCAAGAAGGAAUUAACAAAGGAGAAUCUAAUCAAAAACUUAGAGCCCGUUAAAAACAAAGCACUGAUAAAAGUUAAAGCGAAGGAUUCUGACGACGAAGAGUAUAUGGUUUGGAAAAAGCCUGAUUUGACGGCACCUAUUGUGACGUUCACUCCACCGCCUGACGACGCUACACCUAGCACCUCCUUCAGAUAUAAGCCCAAUGUGCUAACAAAGAAACAACUAGAAUCUUUCAAUGUGAGGCAAAACCAGCAAGCACACAUUUCAAGAGCGCUAGCCGACGGAGACGACGGCUUCGAAAGCCUGAAUGGGUACAAUUCUAACGGCAGCGAAGGAGAAAGGGUUAAAAAUGAGACUGAAAAUCUAAUACAAAGAGAAAGAACGAGCUCUAAAGAAGAAAAGAUAAAAGUUGCAGAAAAAAUCUGUUCUGAUGUACAAUUAGGUGAAAAUUCAGAAGUUAUUACCAAAAUGACGGUCCUAAAAGAUGAAGAUGAUGAUAAAUCUGAUGCGGAUUCUGAUGGCGUAGCUCCCACGAGUAGCCCAAGUACUGGUAAACGGGUCGGUGUUCGAUUUAGAAGUAAUUGGGCUCAAGACGGUAUACGUAUGGCUGAUUCUAGCGAUGAAGAUUUUACUGUUAACAAGAAGAAAGAAAAGAAAUUAGACAAUUACCAGUCAUCGUCAUCCGACGGGGAAUGCUCGGCGUCCGCUCCAUCCAUCGCCCUACCAUCCCACCAUACCAUGUCCGAUUGGGUUGGCCAAACUACUAACAGUGAAGAAAGCAGUUACUGUUCUCAAUCAGAAGGCGGACAUUCCGAUGUGGGCUUUCCGUACACCGCUGAUAGUUCAUGGGAUCCAUUUGCGAUCCUCGACCCUACUAGCGAUACAGUAAAAUGUACGAUGUGGGAGCGUGGAUCGACCCUCCGCGCGGAGCUGUCCGCGGUCGACAUCAGUUGGUACGUGGUGGCCCGCGCGGAACGUGUCAUGGCGGCCGACGGCUGUCUAUGGGCGGGACUGGCUAUGGCCGCUGCAGUGGCCCUUAUUAAACCUAUCAUACGGUUUGCUCAGGUAGCUGCAGAACAAGACAGUAGAACGGAAGAAGAACUACAAGCCUUGUCCGUACUAACUUACUUCCCGACGCUAAUGGCUAGCUACAAGGGAUCGCUGAUCUCGGUCUUUAACGGUGCUUUUGGUGACAAUAUCUGGUUAAUAUCAACGAACCUGCUCUCAUGUAUGCUCCGCUUCGCUCUAGGAGCGCUAGUAUUUUUCCUUCUUGCCGUAGCGGAGCGAGCGUUCAAACAACGGUUUCUAUACGCGAAGCUUUUCUCGCAUCUGACGUCAGCGCGGCGAGCGAGAAAAUCUGAACUGCCGCACUUUAGGCUCAAUACUGUGAGGAAUAUCAAGACUUGGCUUUCUACGAGGUCUUAUUUACGGCGUCGGGGUCCGCAGCGAUCCGUGGAAGUCAUCGUGUCAGCUGCAUUCAUGCUUAUAGUUGUUUUACUCGGCUGCGUUAGCACACAUCUGUUAAGAGACUCGGUGACAUUGGAAAGCGGUUGGCUGCUCGAAGUGUUACUAUGGAGUUUCUGCAUCGGUAUAUACCUCCUUCGACUGGGAACUUUAGGAAGCAAUGUAAACAAGAAGUAUAGAGGUUGCUUGUCAGCAAUACUGACUGAACAGAUAAACUUGCAUCUGGCGAUAGAACAGAGACCGGAGAGUAAGGAACAACUUACUGUUGCUAAUAAUGUUCUCAAAUUGGCUGCUGAUUUACUAAAGGAAUUGGAUGCGCCAUUCAAAAUAUCGGCUUUAUGCGCGAAUCACUAUUUAUACACAAUCACUAAAGUGGUGAUACUGUCUGCGUUAUCCGGGGUGCUAUCAGAAAUGUUAGGCUUCAAACUAAAACUACACAAAAUUAAAAUCAAGUAAAACCCGUUGGUUGUUACUCUUCGACACAAAGUAAUAACUGACUACUAGUCUGAGAGGCCAUUUAGUUGUACGACAUUUUCUCUUUUAUGCAAUCAUCACCGUCUAUUUUUUAAAUUUUAUAGUGUUAUGUACUUUGAAAUUGGUUUGCAAUACUCACUGACGAAAAUGCUUUGUAAAAACUUUUGAACAGCCUUAAAAAUGAUUUGAGAUAUUAUUGUAACUCAAUAAAAGUACAAAGCACAGGACACCCAAAAAUCUGCCGAUUCAAUAACCAUCACAUCAAAAUCAAAUGUAUGGAGUAUUUAGUACGUUUACAAUCGGGACACUAUUCCAUUCUUACGUAAAUAUAACCAUAAAUAAAUCAAGAUAUUUAUUUAUCAAUCUUAGCAUUCUAAAGCUAAUUUUAAACAAAAAAUCUGUUUUCAAAUAAUAAUAUAGGUAAUUAAGUUUCCGCUUCUACCUGCGCAAUAUUCUUUGAAAAGAAAGCAAUAUUUAGAUAAUAAUUUCGAGGAAGCUACUUCAUAAUAAUUUCUAACAAUGAUGUGUACUGUAUAUAAUCUGUACUGAUGUGCCAAAAGAAGACUUAUAAUCGUUAAUUUUAACCAUUACGUACAAGCAAAUUUUCUUUGCAUAAAACUUCCUUGAACCUGAGUACAGUAGUAACGUUGAGAUCUAAAAUAAAGUCGCAAUCGUUCCAAAUUGCUGUUUACUUCAUGUAUAGUCUUUAUGCUGCAAUCCUGUUCCGAGAAGCACCGAUGACAUUUUUAUAAACUUGAUAAAGAAAAUGAUAAAUCUUUUCCUCAUUAAAGUAUGACGCUACUUUUGUUAUGAUCUCAUUUAAACUCAUAGUAAUAAUUUUGUCUAUGAACUUCUAGUUAAUUCUGCAAAAAAGCUGAAACUGUUUUGUAUAUUAUGUGUUACCUACCACGAAUUAAUUGUAUUACUCUUGUAGUAACUGAAAUGUUAACUUCACACUAGAUGAAGGUGAUUUUAUAUAACAACAUUAUUAUGUAUAAGGGUAAACCUUCAUUAUGAACUUUAGAAUAAGUCACGUGAUGUUAUAGUUACAACGUUGAAUGUGCGGUGUGUAUAGACUGCAAUUUGAAUGGCGGGUAGAAAAAUAUUGAAAUUUAUAAAUAAUAUAGAAAUGUAUAGCAAUAUCACCGCUAUUUUGGUGAUGGGAGGCUAAGUAGUGAUAGCAAAAUAUACCUAUAAAUUAUCUUUAUCAAAUAAUGUUAUCUAUUAGCAAAUCCGAAGUAAAUAUAUUACUGUGAACUUAUUUACAAAUUGCAUGCAUGUGAAGACAGCAUUGUAUGUACAUACUACUUAUACUAUUUUAAUCAUGUUAAGUAAAAUGAAGUAGAAAAUGGGUAUUAUUUAUAUUCAUUAGUGUUUAGUUAAAAUGCCAUUAUUUUUAUACAUACCUUAUAAUUUUGUACCCUACUCUAUGUUCCUAAUGUAAUGAGCUCUUUAAAUUCACAAAAAGACAUAAUUAGCAGUAAUGAUUUUGUACUAGUUCAUUAAGUAGAAAUUGGCUGUCCCAUGUAGUGUUUAUUUUUGUAUGCACCUAUUAGAACAAUACGUCAUCCUAUACAAUUCUAAGCCUUAAAUUCUAGUAUGUAGUUAGUUUACUUUAAAGAUUCUCUCGACUUAAAUCUCUCGACUGCUAUCAAACAUAAGUUUAGUCUUAGUCUGCAUAAUUAUGUAAUUUGUAAAAGAAACAACGUAGGUGCUUUCUUACAUUGAUUGCUAACAGGUAUUUUUCAAAUACCAAAUUAUUGUAGUUACAAUUAGUUUUAAGUAACUACAUAUGUGAGCAUGAAAUGCUACACAAUAAGGCAAAGAAAUAAAUGAAUUAUAUCUACUAAA